GAUAACGUCAGCACAGCACGGAAACAUGGACGUUUCACAUUUAUUGUACAUGUAACGCAUCAGUACGAAAUGGCAAACGUUCGACACUAAGUCUACCAUGGCAUCAGCUUACCCCAGUUUGGGGUUUAAAGGUCUAGUGUGCCAGAAAUCCAGGACAACUAUCGUGUGUUCACACAUUCAACCAUAGAGAUCCUGAUUUAAGUCCACCUGUGGAUAAUGAACUAGUUAUAGAUUUGAGGAUGGUUAUCACAAAACAUUUUUCCGGUUUCACCUAACAGAUUACGAGAGACAUAUUUCUAUAGAUUUAAGGUCUGAUAUGGCAGAGGCUUAUCCCAGUCCGGAGUUCCGCUGUUUGUUGUGCCAGGAAAUAUACGAAAAUCCAAGAGAGUUACCUUGUGGUCACACAUUCUGCUCUCCGUGUCUGACUACUUAUAUCCAGGCUGAACACGUAUGUGCCGAUGAAGAUCGUCAUUACUUUCCGUGUCCUGUCUGUGAUACUCCUAUUGUCCCGCGUGACCCAAACAUACACGUCAAUACCUGGUGGACUUCAUUCCCCAUAAAUCACCUGUUACUCAGCCAUACAAAACAGAUAUCAGAAGACCAAAUAUGUGAAGCAUGUCUGAGGGACUGGGAAUCCAGUUCUGCCGAGGUCUGGUGUACUGACUGUGCUGAAAUGUUGUGUAAAGAUUGCAAAACUUACCAUAAACGGAAUAAAGUUUCUAGCAAACAUAAACUUGUGCCCAUUGACAGAGAGUCUUGUAGACUCAAAGGGAUAAUCGUCAACGAUAUUUGUCCGAAUCACAAAACGAAGCGGUUAGAUUUCUAUUGUGUGAAUCACGGAUCACUUUGUUGCAGUGACUGUGUGUCCUUGACCCAUAGAAUGUGCAAUAAUUUAAAACAACUGGACGACCUCGUAGAGACAGCUACACCAGGACAGAAUUACAUCGAACGAGAAUGGAAGGAAAUACGAGAAGAAUCAAAGAGAAUGUUGGAUGAUGAAAAUUCACAGAUAAACAAUGUAAACUCAACAGAAAAGGAAGUAUCCGCUAAAAUGACUCAUGAGAUACAACGGGCUAAAGACAAGCUUGAUGACCUCAACGCGGCAUUCCAGUCAGAUCUCGCACACAAAUGUAACUCGUACAGACAACAGAUAAACUCUCGACUAAGAUGUGUUAGCAAAUUUAACACCAACGCUGAGAACUCGCAUCUACUAAUGUCGCGCUUGGAAACACAAGGAUCUGAUCGACAGACGUUUAUCACAAGAGAGCAAACAAAGAAUCAGUUGUCAGGACAUUACCGUCGGAUGGAUCAAAACACCAAGGAACUGCCUAAUACGUUUGACAUUACACUGAAGAUAGGACAAAUCGUAGAGGCAAUCAUGAAAGUGACAACCGUUGGUGCUGUUGAUGUGACUUCGACCAUCUCACUGACGAUACAGAAUGCGAAAGCGUGUAUCGGCUCUUUGCUUGAGACCAUAAUUUCAACGCCUUCACCUGCUACGUCUGUGGACCCUUCUUCAGGGUCUGAUCUUACAGAUUCCGUACAACGUAUACUAGUCAUUUCGCCUCCAACAUCUACAUUAGUGGAUGUCUGGGAAGGUUCAGUAUCUUGUGUUCAAACAGUACAUAGUCAUACGAUAGAAGUGCCUGUAAAGCAUUGGCUUUUUAGUGGAAUUUUUACCGACAACAGACAACUACUUAUCACAGAUUGCCUUAACAAUCGACUCUUAUUGUUUGAUGACAACUAUUCCUUAGUCAAGGAAUACAAUGUUGAUGGCAACCCAGUAGACGUCACACGUGGACGUGUUGCUAAUGAAAUAUUUGUGAGUUUGCACGGGAACGAAAUACUGAAGUGUACUCUACGGAAUGGCCAACUGUCUGUGACCGAGAGGAUCACGUGUCCACGUGGAACGUUAGGAAUAGCAGUUCACGGAGAUAACAUCUACGCCGGUACUUAUAAAAGUGUGGAGGUUUUGUCAAUGGAUGGAGAGGUUAAUAGGUCAAUAAGGAAAAGUGGAGGUGACCCGUGCCUUACUACAUCUUCAUCUAAGGCCAGAGUGUAUCACAGAGAUAACAAUGACAUUGUGUGUAGACGACUUGACAAUGACGCAGAAGUUUACAGGUACAGCGAUCCUGGUCUGAAGAGUCCUGUGGGUAUCGGACUGGACCGGGAUGAAAAUGUAUAUGUCUGUGGAAUGGACUCCCGCAAUGUUUACCUGGUUUCACCUGAUGGAUCACGAGGGAAGGCACUGCUGACUAAGCUGACCUGUAUCAAAUAUCCAUUUGGUAUCAUAGUCCAUCCCACUAAACAGGAGUUCGUAGUAACAUCCGAGAAUGACUCUGUUUCGUUCGAGGUGUACCGAUUCAAUAUCAACGCUUAGAUAUUACAAUAGUAUGGAUAUACACGUAUCUGAAACAAUUUCAAAGAAUGUUAUAUUGUCAAAAGGAUUGGACAACAGGCUUAUAUAUAUAUAAUAUUCAAACGUCAUAAGAUAUUUAAAUAUCCAUAUUCGCAUAGUUUGUAUGUACCUAAGCAAAAUGUGUUUAACAUUUAACUGCAGUACUUCAUUUCUCAAAUGGUCAUGACGAUCAAUAAAAAAGCGUUAAUACUGAUUUAAUAAUGGGUGUUUUAAAGGAACAAGCAUGACCUCAGAGUCGAUACAAAAAUAAAACUGAGGAGAUUCCACCACAACAACGUGAUCACUACCGGCGCGGAAGUGUUACCGUAACACAUGUGGGCGGAAGUGUUGCCGUAACACAUGUGGGCGGAAGUGUUGCUGUAACACAUGUGGGCGGAAGUGUUGCCGUAACACAUGUGGCACCCGUUAUUGUAUCUGUAAACAAAGUAAGGACUACGCCAGUUCACCCUUUAUCU